UUGAGAGUAGCCACCAUAAACCCUCAAAACUCCGCCACCGCCGGCAGAGAGAUGAUUGGAGGCGGCAAGAGCUACGUCUCGGCCCCUCCGGCCUUCUCCACCGACGCCAAGCGCAUCCUCGUCUGCACUGGCUCCGUCGUUUCCGUCUUCAGCACCUCCACCGGCUUACAGAUACUUUCCCUAGAGGCCCACGCCGCGCUCGUCACCGCCGUUAUAGUCGUCCCCGGAAACAAAGCUCUCAGCUUCUGCUGGACGGCCUCGCUUGACGGCACCGUUAGGUAUUGGGACUAUGCCGCCGCCGAGCUUAUGAAGACAAUUGAUAUUAAAAUGCCUAUCUACUCUAUGGUGAUUCCGGCGUUGUUGUUGGGGAAACCUGAUUCAAAGGUGAUGCCGGCGGAUGCUUUCGCUUAUUUAUCAGUUGAAAACACUCAAAUGCAGGAGAAUGCUGCAGGGAAGGCCUUGCGGGGACAGAUUCGCAAGUGUAAUUUGACUGAAUCUCGCUUGGCCGGUGUUGUUCUUGCUGAGACUAGGAUACCAGAAGUUAUAUCUAUCAGUCCCUCGGGAAAAUUCUUUGGCAUCCAGAACAAGCGGAAGCUUCACAUCUGGAAGACUCCUGCUAAAGAUUCUAAACUCCCAGUGCUCAAGAUCACACUACACCAUACAAGAAAUUUUACACUUCUUGCAUUUCAUCCUACAAAGAGGCUCGUUGCUGCAGGUGAUACAUCUGGGAGAAUUCUGAUCUGGAGAGGGUUUGGUAACUGUACAUUUUCUGAUGGUGACAAACUAGUAAAUAGAGGAUCAAUGAACGAUGAGCCAGAUAGACCUGGUAUCAGGGGAGAUGAUGAUGCUGAUUCUUGCACCACUUGGCACUGGCAUCCUACAGGAAUUAAUCUCCUCCGUUUUUCUUCUGAUGGAGCGUAUUUAUAUUCAGGUGGAAAGGAAGGAGUUCUCGUGGACUGGCAACUAGACACAGGGAAGAAGAAAUUUUUACCAAGAAUUGGAUCGCCACUUAUAUAUCUAACUGAUUCUCUAGAUCCAUCACUUUCCGCUAUAUCUUGUGCAGAUAAUCAAAUUCACUUGCUAAAAAUGCCCUCAAUGGAGAUCACAAAGUCUAUUUCUGGGAUCAAGCUCCCUUUUUCUUCUCCAGAGGUACAUGAAGGCAUGUGUAGAAAAUUUUCUUUUGAUGACUCUGCUGGAUUAGUUGCCUUGCGUACAGAGAACUAUCGCAUCCAGUUCUACAGCUUGUUUGAUGACCGCGAGAUUUCUGAGGUUCAAGUCUGUGAGAGAAACCAUCAACCAGGCGAUGAAGUCUCUGUAAUACUGACAUUGGUGUCUUUGUCUGGAGAUGGCUCUAUGAUGAGCACUGUUGAAGUUAAUCUUCCUGAGGAUGGAAUAGGUGGUCUUGUGUGUCUUAAGUUCUGGGCAUCAGAAUCACAGAACAAAAAGUUCAACUUGUCCACCAUUGUGUAUGAACCUCACAGGGAUGCUGGAAUUUCUGCUCUCGCUUUCCAUCCUACCCGUCAAAUGGUUGUCAGUUCAUCAUAUGGUGGAGAUUUCAAGAUAUGGAUUAGCAGUGAUGAAAUUCAGCAGAGAAAAGAUGCGCUACAGCACUCUGGUUGGAUGUGCCAUGCUGUAGGUUCAUACAAGAAAAGGCCGAUGACAGCUGCUGCAUUUUCUGCGGAUGGUUCUGUUCUGGCUGUUGCAGCUGAAACGGUAAUCACACUAUGGGACCCUGACAAGAACAUGCUUGUGGCUGUGCUUGGGGAGAUGCAUAUGGUGAGCUGUCAGCCAGUUGUGACCCUCUCCUUUGCUGGCGAUCAUCUUCUGUCCAUCUCUCGAGGUUCAAAACCACAAUUAUCUGUAUGGAGCAUGUCAAAACUUUCUGAGUCUUGGUCAUACAAGCUUGACAUAGAAGAUGUUACGUGUGCGAAAGAUUCAUCAUCAUUUGCUGUUCUUGCCCUUUUGCCAAAAUCAUCUAAUGAACCAAUUUUUCAAGGAAAAGAUGGGUUAAUCUUAGUAUUUAAUGCUACAGUUCCUGUUCCAUUGGCUAUGUGGUCCGUAAGGAAGGCUAAGGGUGGUGGACUUGCUUUUCUUGAAGGAAACUCACCUUCCUUUCAACAACAAAGUAUGUGGGAUGGAAAAUCUCCGCAGGCUUUGCUUGCUUAUAUAAAUGCCGAUCAUGAGUACAUCCUCUUUGAUCCAUAUGACAGUGAUGCACGUGAACUUAGUCUGAUCAGGAGGAAAGAGUGUAUUGCCAUUGAUGAAACAGCUCAAUUUGGAUAUGCAUCUAUCUACGGGGAGCUACCGCAAUUUGAGAUGAAUAAAGACCAGAACUUGUUAACCCCAUACGCUCCAUCACAAAGGCCUUGGGAGACUAUAUUUAGUGGGUCAUCACAUAAUCUCCUACCCCUACCUAAGUUGUGUUUAGAGUUUAUGGAAUCGCUGCUAGAAAGGAGGACUACCACAGUAGAAUAACUCGAUUCAUUUCACUCUGCUGUACUGCCAAUCUCAACAUCAGGUGAGUACAAGAUUAGUUGUUGAUUGAUAAAGUUAAUGAUAUCUGGUGCAGAAGGCGAAACUGGUUAUUAUAUAAAUGAGGACAGAUUUAGUCUUGGUGAGGAUUAUGGUCUUAGUUUUAUGUCCUUUGUUGACCAUGUACACGACCAUGAGAAGAAGGAACGGUACCUCUCUAAACCCGGUGGAGGGGGCAGUUCCUGCAAAGUUUUGUAACUUUAUAUACAGAAAAUCUUGUAGUUUUGAAGUGUUUGUAUCAAGUUAUCUUAGCUGAGAA